AUGAUGCUGCGCGGCGAAAUGAGUGACAGGACAUCCCAAGAUUCGACAGAGUCUGAGCAUCUCAUGAAGAAAAACUCAGAGUCUUCGUCAUCGCAACACCAGUGUGAAAAAGUAGCUGAAACAAAUUUAGAGCAGAUUCCGAAAGAACUCGAACCGCAAACAACACAAUCGUGGCGCCAAAGAGCUAAGACUUUCGCAAUCGAGUACGGUCGCGUGGGUGUCUGUACGCAUGUUGUGUUGUCGCUGUUGUCAUUCUCAUUCAUUUACGUCGGCGUUUCCAGCGGUUUGAAUGUGUCCGCCAUCUUGGAAUCGUUGGGAUUAUCCACUUUAGCUAGUGAGACUGCGACUAAGUCAACUGGAUCGUUCCUUAUUACCUACACGCUCUUCAAACUAUUAGCCCCGAUCCGGUGGCCUCUUACGUGCACUGUCACGCCCGUAGUUCUACGUUCUUUGAGGCGAAAAGGGUUUAUGCUCGCCGCGACCAACUCUCCAUCAAAUCGAGUUUCAGAGACACCACAGUGA